GGCGUCUCCAAUCAUUUUGAAUCGAAGCCAAGUGAUGCCAGAAUCUAAUGUGACAUUGUGUUGGGAGAGAUAUUCCACCUUUGACAAUUGCUUCCCCAAUCUAAGAUGUCCAUCAAGGAUCUUCUUAGUCUUUGCCUUUUCGUUGUCACCAGCUGCGCUCAUGGCGUCAACAUCGACAAGUCUUUGGUACGAUCGUAUCCUCGCAACGAGUCAGCUCAGAUAGUGACCUAUCCAAAACCAACCUUACUGGGCAACAACACCUCAUUUUCAGUCAAAGCCCGUUCUCCUGGAGGGAACUGGAAGGCCCUUGAUAUGUAUCUGGUCAAUCUCAGCCUGAUCAACACCACGACUGGAUCAAGCGCAACGCAAAAGUCAUCCAUGGCAUAUUUUGACUUUUGCGGAACCGUCGAAGUCUCUGUGACCUACAAUACCGCUCCCAUCACCACAGCUGUUAUCCGGCCAUAUUCCUACGGGUUGCUUCCCCAGAUCUCUGGUAACAACACUGUGGCUUUCACCCUAGACAAGCCUCAAAAUGUCAUCGUCCAGGUCAACGACAAUAUUUUCGACUGCCUGCAUCUGCUGAGCAGCACAAUCGAUACCAACGUCCCGUCGGAGAACUCAACAGAUGUGAUAUACUUUGGACCCGGAGUGCACAGUGUUGCAGGAAACGUGUUGCAGGUACCCAGUGGAAAGACAGUCUACAUCGCGGGUGGAGGUGUUCUAACUGCUACCCUCAACUUUUCCGGGGUCCAUGAUGCAGGCUUGAGUGGUCGCGGAGUGCUGUACACCACAUCUGGAGGCGCAAUUGUCGUGGAGUACUCAAAAAAUAUCACGAUCGAUGGUGCCAUUACUGUCCUCAAUCCAAAUGGGUACGCGAUCAGCUCGGGACAGGUCGACGGUUUUACUAUCCGAGGACUUCGAGCAUUCAGCAACAAGGGAAACGGUGACGGCAUCGAUCUAUUCUGCUGUCAGAACGCCAUCUUAGAUGGGCUUUUCAUGCGCAACUCCGACGAUUGUAUUGCCCUUUACAACCACCGCUGGAACUACUACGGCAACUCAAGCAACAUCACAGUCCAGAACUCAAGCCUUUGGGCUGAUGUUGCCCAUCCCACCAACAUCGGUACUCAUGGAAAUACAGACAAUCCCGAAACUAUGGAUGGUGUGACCAUCAGGAACAUCGACGUCCUUGAUCACAGAGAGCCGCAAAUGCUGUAUCAAGGUACCAUCGCAAUAAAUCCCGGGGACAGCAACAUGAUCCAAAAUGUCCACAUCGAGGACAUCCGAGUUGAAGAUUUUAGGAUUGGACAACUGAUCAACAUGCGCGUGAUGUUCAAUACUAAGUACAACACCUCGCCAGGGCGAGGGAUUUCGAACGUGACUAUCAAGAACAUGGUCUACAACGGCACUCACGCAAAUCCUUCUAUCUUGGAAGGGUACGACAGCGACAGAAGUAUUGACUUCGUCACGUUUGAAAAUCUAGUUAUUAAUGGGAAACAAAUUGCUGAUACGAUGAAGAAGCCGACCUGGUACGAGACAUCUGAUUUCGUGCCGAUGUUCGCGAAUGACCAUAUCAACAAUUUGACAUUCCGUGCGACUUGAGUACAAAGUAUGUAGAAGAGAGUAGAGUUUCGCACAUUGGAAGAACGAUUACUUUCUGUUUCCGACAUGGAAGGGGGUGCGCAGACGCAAAGAUGUGGAAAAUGAGAUAGUAAAGCGAAAUAUAAAAACUUAGCAUAUUCAUCCAUGAAAGGAUCUGGAACAUGG